UGACAACUGACUGAGUUAACUACCCGUCUAUACUGUUACCAUUGAGAGAAACUAGAAGCUGAGGCUUGGCAAAUAAGGGUUCUCCUAUUCACCGUAUUUGUAAUCUCUCAGACCAAGAUUUCGUAUCCCUCACCUUUCGUUUGUGCGGUUCGCAUAUGAAUAUCAGGACAGAGACACACAAACACUUGGAGCUACGUUUCUUGAGAAGCGCAAGUCAAGCAGCAAGGAUACGGCAAUGGCCACCGCAGAGAAGUCCAGGAAGAGGCCUUCGAAGGACGAGGGUGGCGGCAGCAAGAAGAAGCGAAGGCGAGCCCAGGAAGACGAUGCCGACAUCGACACCCAGGCCGGCCUCAACAAGGCCUUUGAGCGGAUGGACGGCCAGCUGCUGGCCGACCACCUCGCCCAGAAGACAAGGCGCUUCGGCACCGACCUGAGCUCGAUCGAGCUGUCGGACUUGUACAUUUCAGCCAACUUCAUCAAGGACACCACCUCGUGGGCGAAGCCGCGGACGCUGGAGAAUCUGCCGGACUUCCUGGAGGCGUUCGUCGAGGACCCGAAGGAGCUCGGGGCAGCCCCAAAAGACAAGGGCGCCCCGCACACCAUCGUCGUCACCGGGGCUGGCCUGCGCGCUGCCGAGCUUGUCAGGUCGUUGAGGAAGUUCCAGACGAAGGGGACACCGGUGGCAAAGCUGUUUGCAAAACACAUCAAGCUAGAGGAGGCUGUCUCGUUCCUCAGCAAGGCACGAACGGGCAUCGCCGUCGGGACUCCCGUGCGACUGAUGGAUCUCCUCGACAAUGGCGCGCUCUCUGUAGAACACCUCAGGAGGGUCGUGAUCGAUGCUUCGCACGUCGAUCAGAAGAAGCGCGGGGUCAUGGACUCGGGAGAUACCAUGAUCCCCCUUGCCAGAUGGCUGUCUAGGAAGGAGUUCAAGGAGAGAUAUGCGGACCCGGAAAGUCCUGUCGAUUUGAUGUUCUAUUGACCGUUCUGGCGGUGAGACCUGUCGUACACGCGAAGGCAAUUAGUGAUGUAAUUGUCUAUUUUGUGCCUCCGAGGGACUGGCGGAUAGGGGCUAGAGAGGGGGAGAAAGCGAGGAGGGCACCUUCGCAAAGUCAUCAAAUUUCGAUACCCGACGCCUGUCAAUUCCCAUCUUAUUGGUGAC